CCUGCCUGGGAAGACAUUACUCUCACUGAGAUGGGGUCUGCAGGAAUUUUUCCAUGGAUCAGAGACCAUUCCAACCCUCCCUUUGUAGGUCCCAUCACAUCUCCCCAUCCCUCACCACCUCAAAAAGAACCCACCGUCCUUCUCCCUUGUGCUUAAUUUCCUUCUCUCCCUCUUCUUUUCCCACUUCCUCUCUCCCAAGGUACCUCAACCCUUCAUACCUAGAUAGAUCGCUAACCUACAACAACUUAAAAAAAGAAAAUUAAAUUCCUCUCCAUGGAGAAGACAGAAAGAGAGACUCAUGACUUCAUGAACGUCGAUUCCUUCUCUCAGCUUCCCUUCAUACGCCCUUCUCCUCCUAAAGAAAAAGGUAUUCGCCUCUUCGGCAUCGAAUUCGGCGGCGACAUAACCAUCACCGAUGAGUCCGAAUCCGUCGAGACUAACACAACCGAAGACGCCAAAGACAACGACAACAACAACAACAGCAACAGUGAGAGUGGUCGAAAAUUCGAAUGCCACUACUGCUUUCGCAACUUUCCAACUUCACAAGCUCUCGGUGGUCACCAAAACGCCCACAAACGUGAGCGUCAACACGCCAAACGUGCCCACCUUCAAUCGACCAUGGCUCUUCAUUCCAUCCCUAACGGUCACAUGUACGGUCUAGUCAAUUACCGGUCACCGACACUAACUUACCCUUCUUGGAACAAUAGCAACAUCAUCAGCUCAAACAUGAUUGGUACUAGUAACCAUACUAGUAGAUUCUACAGAAGCCAUGGCUCACUUCAACAUCCUCUUCCAAUUAAUGGAAACCCUUUACCCAUGUGGAGAAUUCCUGCCGUUCAAAGCACGCCGAGUUAUAACAGAGACCGGCUUUUGUUGCCGUUGUUCGCCGGAGAAGAGGAGUCGAAUUCUGUGACCAUGAUGAACAGGGCUAGCUCACAGGACCUGCAACGACAAGUUUAUGAAACUAAGAAGCCGAACGUUCAUGACCAUGUGAGUUUGGAUCUACAUCUGUAAUUCCUUUUUUUUUACUUCAAUUUUAAUCCCAAAAAACAGAAAAAAAAAAAAGAGAGAUCUGCAGUUUUUG